AUGUCUCCUUUCCCUCUUGACCAGGACAACCUCGCCCUCGACCAGGACAACCUCCCCCUCGACCAGGACAACCUCCCCCUCGACCAGGACAACCUCGCCCUCGACCAGGACAACCUCCCCCUCGACCAGGACAACCUCGCCCUCGACCAGGACAACCUCCCCCUCCACCAGGACAACCUCGCCCUCGACCAGGACAACCUCCCCCUCCACCAGGACAACCUCGCCCUCCACCAGGACAACCUCGCCCUCCACCAGGACAACCUCCCCCUCCACCAGGACAACCUCGCCCUCGACCAGGACAACCUCCCCCUCCACCAGGACAACCUCCCCCUCCACCAGGACAACCUCGCCCUCCACCAGGACAACCUCCCCCUCCACCAGGACAACCUCGCCCUCGACCAGGACAACCUCCCCCUCGACCAGGACAACCUCCCCCUCGACCAGGACAACCUCGCCCUCGACCAGGACAACCUCCCCCUCGACCAGGACAACCUCGCCCUCGACCAGGACAACCUCCCCCUCCACCAGGACAACCUCGCCCUCGACCAGGACAACCUCCCCCUCCACCAGGACAACCUCGCCCUCCACCAGGACAACCUCGCCCUCCACCAGGACAACCUCCCCCUCCACCAGGACAACCUCGCCCUCGACCAGGACAACCUCCCCCUCCACCAGGACAACCUCGCCCUCCACCAGGACAACCUCGCCCUCGACCAGGACAACCUCGCCCUCCACCAGGACAACCUCCCCCUCCACCAGGACAACCUCGCCCUUAACCAGAGGAGCCUCGCUAAUUUUAACAACCUUUGCAACCAUACUACUGAGCAACAGAAGGAAUUAUCAUCAAGUAUCAUCUCGGGUGGACAGAGCAACAGAAGGAAUUAUCAUCAAGUAUCAUCUCGGUGGACAGAGCAACAGAAGGAAUUAUCAUCAAGUAUCAUCUCGGGUGGACAGAGCAACAGAAGGAAUUAUCAUCAAGUAUCAUCUCGGGUGGACAGAGCAACAGAAGGAAUUAUCAUCAAGUAUCAUCUCGGGUGGACAGAGCAACAGAAGGAAUUAUCAUCAAGUAUCAUCUCGGGUGGACAGAGCAACAGAAGGAAUUAUCAUCAAGUAUCAUCUCGGGUGGACAGAGCAACAGAAGGAAUUAUCAUCAAGUAUCAUCUCGGGUGGACAGAGCAACAGAAGGAAUUAUCAUCAAGUAUCAUCUCGGGUGGACAGAGCAACCAGAAGGAAUUAUCAUCAAGUAUCAUCUCGGGUGGACAGAGCAACAGAAGGAAUUAUCAUCAAGUAUCAUCUCGGGGGACAGAGCAACAAAGGAAUUAUCAUCAAGUAUCAUCUCGGGUGGACAGAGCAACAGAAGGAAUUAUCAUCAAGUAUCAUCUCGGGUGGACAGAGCAACAGAAGGAAUUAUCAUCAAGUAUCAUCUCGGGUGGACAGAGCAACAGAAGGAAUUAUCAUCAAGUAUCAUCUCGGGUGGACAGAGCAACAGAAGGAAUUAUCAUCAAGUAUCAUCUCGGGUGGACAGAGCAACAGAAGGAAUUAUCAUCAAGUAUCAUCUCGGGUGGACAGAGCAACAGAAGGAAUUAUCAUCAAGUAUCAUCUCGGGUGGACAGAGCAACAGAAGGAAUUAUCAUCAAGUAUCAUCUCGGGUGGACAGAGCAACAGAAGGAAUUAUCAUCAAGUAUCAUCUCGGGUGGACAGAGCAACAGAAGGAAUUAUCAUCAAGUAUCAUCUCGGGUGGACAGAGCAACAGAAGGAAUUAUCAUCAAGUAUCAUCUCGGGUGGACAGAGCAACAGAAGGAAUUAUCAUCAAGUAUCAUCUCGGGUGGACAGAGCAACAGAAGGAAUUAUCAUCAAGUAUCAUCUCGGGUGGACAGAGCAACAGAAGGAAUUAUCAUCAAGUAUCAUCUCGGGUGGACAGAGCAACAGAAGGAAUUAUCAUCAAGUAUCAUCUCGGGUGGACAGAGCAACAGAAGGAAUUAUCAUCAAGUAUCAUCUCGGGUGGACAGAGCAACAGAAGGAAUUAUCAUCAAGUAUCAUCUCGGGUGGACAGAGCAACAGAAGGAAUUAUCAUCAAUGAUCGGCGCCCCGCUGAGGCGAAGAGCAGCCAUUGGCGGCAAGAGUGAUGGUGAUGAUCAAUCAAGCUAUGACCAGCUGCGGGUGGUGAUGGUGCAUCACAAGGACUAG